CGUGCCGCCAGCAUGACUGACGCUCUGCUUCCCGCGGCCCCCCAGCCUCUGGAGAAGAAGGACGACGGCUACUUUCGGAAGGGUUGCAAUCCCCUUGCACAAACUGGCCGGAGCAAACUGCAGAAUCAGAGGGCUGCCUUGAACCAGCAGAUCCUGAAAGCCGUGCGGAUGAGAACGGGAGCAGAAAACCUUCUGAAAGCAGCCACAAACCACAAGGUACGUGAGCAGGUGCGCCUGGAACUGAGCUUUGUGAACUCAGACCUGCAGAUGCUCAAGGAAGAGCUGGAGGGGCUCAACAUCUCGGUGGGAGUCUAUCAGAGCACAGAGGAGACAUUUACAAUCCCACUGAUUCCGCUGGGCCUGAAGGAAACCAAGGAUGUGGACUUUUCAGUUGUUCUCAAGGAUUUUAUUCUGGAACAUUACAGUGAAGACAGCUACCUGUAUGAAGAUGAAAUAGCAGAUCUUAUGGAUCUGAGACAAGCUUGCCGGACACCCAGCCGGGAUGAGGCCGGUGUUGAACUGCUGAUGAGUUAUUUCCUCCAGCUGGGCUUUGUUGAGAGCCGAUUCUUCCCGCCUACCCGGCAGAUGGGGAUCAUGUUUACGUGGUAUGAUUCCCUCACUGGGGUCCCGGUCAGCCAACAGAACUUGUUACUGGAGAAAGCCAGCAUUCUGUUUAACAUCGGAGCCCUCUACACGCAGAUCGGGACCCGGUGCAAUCGGCAGACGCAGGCUGGGCUGGAGAGCGCGGUGGAUGCGUUUCAGAGAGCCGCAGGGGUUUUAAACUAUCUGAAAGAGACAUUUACUCACACACCGAGUUAUGACAUGAGCCCGGCCAUGCUCAGUGUGCUGGUCAAAAUGAUGCUUGCACAGGCCCAGGAAAAUGUGUUUGAGAAAAUCUGCCUUCCUGGGAUCCAGAAUGAGUUCUUCAUGCUGGUGAAGGUGGCUCAGGAGGCUGCCAAGGUGGGAGAGGUGUAUCAGCAGCUGCACGCAGCCAUGAGCCAGGCACCAGUGAAGGAGAACAUCCCCUACUCCUGGGCCAGCUUGGCCUGCGUGAAGGCCCACCACUAUGGAGCCCUGGCCCACUACUUUGUGGCCACCCUCCUCAUUGACCAUCAGUUGAAACCUGGUGCAGACGAAGACCACCAGGAGAAGUGCCUGUCCCACCUCUACGACCACAUGCCGGAGGGGCUGACUCCCUUGGCCACGCUGAAAAACGUUCAGCAGCGCCGACAGCUGGGCAAGUCCCAUCUGCGCAGAGCCAUUGCCCAUCACGAGGAGUCGGUGAGGGAGGUGAGCCUAUGCAAGAAGCUGCGCAACAUCGAGCUGCUGCAGGAGGUGCUGACCGUGGCACACCAGCGAUCCCGGCUCAAGUACACUCAGCACCAGGAGGACGACGACCUGCUGAACUUGAUUGAUGCUCCUGACAUUCUUUCUAAAACCGAGCAAGAAGUUGAAAUUAUAGUGCCACAGUUCUCCAAGGUGACAGUGACAGACUUCUUCCAGAAACUGGGCCCUCUGUCCAUGUUUUCGGCUAACAAGAGAUGGACGCCUCCUCGAAGCAUUUGUUUCACGGUGGAAGAAGGGGACUUGGGGUUCACCCUGAGAGGAAACUCUCCAGUCCAAGUCCACUUCCUGGAUCCUUACUGCUCUGCUGCGCUGGCAGGAGCCAAGGAAGGGGAUUAUAUUGUUUCCAUUCAAAACGUGGAUUGUAAAUGGCUGACAGUGAGCGAGGUGAUGAAGCUGCUGAAGAGCUUCGGCGAGGGCGACGUUGAAAUGAAGGUUGUGAGCCUCCUGGACCCCACUUCAUCCAUGCAUAAUAAGUGUGCCACAUACUCCGUGGGAAUGCAGAAAACUUACUCCAUGAUCUGCUUAGCCAUAGAUGAUGAUGAUGAUAAGACUGAUAAGACCAAGAAAAUCUCAAAAAAGCUUUCUUUCUUGAGUUGGGGCACCAAUAAGAACAGACAGAAGUCCGCCAGCACCUUGUGCCUCCCGUCGGUUGGGGUUGCCAGGCCUCAAGUCAAGAAGAAGCUCCCCUCUCCGUUCAGCCUUCUCAACUCGGAAAGCUCUUUAUACUAAUGGGAGAAAACGAAACGUUCAGGCCGAAAACAUUUCCAGUGCUGACGAGGCAUUCAUUUUUGUGCCAUAAUGGAAAAUUUCUAUGUAUUCUUAAGUCCUGUUUUCUCACAGUAGAACCUUACAGUGGAAGUCAAUGAAUGAAAGUAACAAGAAACCUCUAGAAAUGUGUGGAAAACAAAUGUAUUA